GCAGGUGGCGAUUUUCCCAAAUUGGCGCAGAAAAUCAUUUAUUACUAGAAUUAAUAGCAAGAAGGGCUAACAGUCUUAUAAGUGUGUUGCUGUAUUGUUUAUUUUAUUGACCUUAAAUGACAAAAAUUGUUGUCAGUUUAUUUCAUGUGUAUUCCAACAACAGUAAAAAUUUAGGAGUAAAUUGAUAAUGUGGUUCAUUUUGAGUUAUAGGGAAAAUUAAAGUUAGGCUUAGCGCAAUAGAACUAAACAUUGUUGUUAGGCCUAACACUGUGGAAUACACAUUACUCAAUUACUGGCAUUUAUUAAGGUUAUUGUACUUUGUAGUUUUGUUUUACACAGUGGCAUUUUGUAUUCACCAGUCAAGUAACUAAGGUUUAGCUUAAGAUAUGUGUAGAAUGUAUUUAAAGUUAUUAGAAUUAUAGGAAAAGGUUUACGUGUAUAGUGACGGUAUAGAAAAGUAUAAUAAAUUCAAUUAAGCAAGAUUAAGGCUACGUCUCUCUCUGACUCGUCUGAGAAACAAUUGUGAGACUACACCUUGUCACUUACGUUGUAGUAAUUCAACCUCAAGUUUGUUAGCCAUGGGUAAAUCAAGAAGUAGAACUAGAAGCAAAAGCCCCAAACAUAGAAGAUCAAAACAUAAGAAUCGUAAAAGAUCAGAGUUAAGAGAAAGAAGUAAACUCAAGAUAAGAUCACGUUCAGCUGAAAGAAGUUCAAAAACUAGGAAACGUGCAUCUUCUGUUUCCAGCAGCAAUAGUGAUGACUUGGAUGGACUGUUAGGAUCUUCCAGAAAAAAAAUGAGGAAAAUGAGUGAAGUUGAGAGGCUUGCAGAGAUGGAAAGACAAAGGCGACAAAAGCAGUUGGAAGCGAAAUGGGUACAAGAUGAGACAUCUAAAAGAAUUGAAGAGAUUGUAGAAAAAAGGGUGCAGGAAGAACUACAGAAGCGUAAGGACGAUAUUGAAGCAGAGGUCCUGAGAAGAGUUGAAGAAGCCAAAAAAGCCAUGGAAAAACAAAUGCUGGAAGAAAUGGAGAAACGUAGAGAAGAUGAACUUGCAGAACAGAGAAAGAAGGAGGACGAAGAAAGAAAGAAAUGUGAGGAAAUUGAAAGAAUCCUUGAAGAAAACAACAGGAAAAUUGAAGAGGCACAGAAAAAGCUGGCAGAGGAGAGGUUAGCAAUGGUGGAAGAACAACGCAGGAUUGAUGAAGAGCGUCAAAGACUACAAAGAGAGCAAGAAAAAAAAGUAAAGCAGGAGCAACAAGUGAUUUUGAAUAAGGGAAAAGUUAGACCAAGGUUAGCUUUUUCUCUAAAACCAACCUGAAUAACUGAAUUACACUCAGAAAACCAAGUAGUGGAAUUUGAGUUGAAAGCAAUUGGUGAUCUGUGAACCUAUAAGAAUUAUAUUGCACUUCCCAUCACCCUUUUUUUCCUGGCAAAUGUUUUAACAUUUCCAGGAUAGAAUAAUGGUUAUUUUAGACUAUUAUUUUGUAAAUGAACCACCGUGUAAAAAUAAGCUUGGGUCAUGGCUAAGUUACAAUAACUAGAAUUGUGUUUCAGUUCUUAUAAAAUAAUAGCAGUGGAAGAUAUUAGAAGACUGAACUGUAGUUGGUGCAGUUUUUGUUUUCUAGUUAUAUAGACCAGACACGUCUUUUGUUUCAACAUAUAAAUCAGUUGGAAAUAAAGAAGCCUCAUCCAAGAUUCAUCUUUGUUAAUACUUUAUUAAAGCAAACCAUUGAUUAAAUUGCAGUAAAUGUUUUACAUGUUGAAAGUUACUGUUUCUUCUGUAUUAAAACUGUUGAGGUAAGCUUCAUAAGUUUCUGUAACCAAUAAAUAUUGUGUGUGUUUUUAUUUUGGUUUUCAUUGUUAGUUCACUAAGCAUAGCAGAAAAGAUUAAGAGGUACAAUGGACCAACACCAAAUGUCUAACCAGUAGAGUCUUUUUGACUCGCAAUGUUUUUGCAUUUUCUGCUGAGUAGAGAAUGCUUAAGUCUUUAUCACAACUUGUCCUAUUACAUAUUUUCUUGUUGAUUUGAACCACUGGGUAGCAUAUUGUGUAACCAAAAAGUUCAUGUAAAUUUGUAAACAGUGUGUGACCACCAAAAUCAAAUCUUUCAUCUUGAAAAUACUUUUAUUACACAACUGAGGUUUAAAGAUGAUUCUCAGUGAAAUUUAUAAAUAUGAAGAUUUUAAAAUGCCAAAAUACCCAUGCCAAUUGAACACCACCCAAACACUAAUGUUUGAUGUGCAUAAAUUCCCUCUAACAAUAAUCAUACUAUUCAUGGGUUCUUAAUUUUUAAAAUUAUGGAAAAUUUUCUUAUCCACAAGUGAGAUACCCUGCAAUAGACUUAAGCAUUUGCUGCUCAGCAGAGAAUGAAAAUACAAUGCCAUUAAAAGAGAGUUUAUUGAUUAGACAUGUGGAGCCAGGCCUUAAUUAGAGGUAUUCUUUGUACUCUGGUAGGGAGGUUUAAUUCUCUGAAGUUGCAAAAAAAUUGAAAGUACUUUAGAUGAAAAUAAAUUUUACUUUUAAUCAUAUUAAAGGUGAUUUUUCCUAGGUGAAUAAAUUACGAGUUUUUUAGGAAAUGAAAUACUUGAGAAAUUUGUCUGAUAGUGAAAUGUAAACUUAACAGUGCUGGCCUUUCAGUCCUGCUGCUACUAAUAUUAGUUUUCUGACCUACAAAGGCUUGAGCCCAGUUAAAAAUAUAAUCUGUUGUCCUUCACAUUGUUUUCCCAACUUAUGAUAGCCUGAAUGUAUUUGCUUUAUUUAUCAUCCCAACAAAUAUACUUACUGAUAUUAAAAUUGUAUCUUCUAAUAAAACUGAACUAAAAGGAAAAAUUUAGUUAAUAUGUGAUUUUUAUAAUAAAACUGGGAACUAAAUUAAAUAAAAAAAGUAGUUAAUGUGUGAUUUUCAAAUAAUCACUGCAUUUAUACUGAAACCAUCAAAAUUGAUUCAGGUAGUGCUCUAAUAAAUCAGCCAAUGCACUUUCAGUUUAGAAGUAAAUAUUGCACCUCAUUUUAGUUUUCAUGUUGGUACAUAAAAAUUAAGAAAAAUCAAUUAAAUGAUUUAUAUUAUAAAAUUAAAAAAUACAAAUGCUAUCUGUUAUCUUGUUAUUAUGUUUAUGUAAGUAAUUACAUAAAAUUAACAGUGAUUAAAAACUUAACAUGAGUUGUUUGAAGAUAAAAAUGUUUGUAGGCUCUAGGUAUUCAAAUCAGGUAAGUGAUUCAGUACAGUUUACUAGGAACUGCUGUUUGUAAGUUUGUCUAAAAAUGAUUGAAUUUAGAGAAAUAUAAAUUUUGGUAAUUAUAUUAAAAUGUAUCUCUCCAUUAUGAGGAAUUUAAACUGUUUAGAAGUUCUACAGUACAAUUUGUGUAGUGAAUUACAUAUAUAUAUUUAUUGUCCUUGAAAUGUAUUUGUCUUGGCAAUAAUAAAAUAUCUUUUGUAUUUAAAUACAGCUGUAUAUUUAAAAGAGAUGUUUGCAUAUUCCUAGUUGGUAAUAUAAAUCAACUUAAGCAAGAUGCUGUUUUAAAUGUGUUUGGCAACAUAAAAAAUUUAAGGUUAUACUUUGUUUAGUGAAUCCAUGCUUCUUGUCAUCACUGACAUUGAUAUAGGACUGAAAACUUGACACUGUUGAAAAAAUGAUGUCAGUGUGGUCUUUAUUUAUAUCACUUUGAUAAGAACAAAAUGUGGGUUUUAGUUAAAAGAUAGAGAAUGGGUGAAUUCAUAAAUUAGUUUUUCUAUAGACUGAGGUACUGGUGUUUAGCACUAUCUAGAGUGAAAACUAUCUCGUGCAUUCUUUUUUUGUUUUCAAAAUGAUCAGUUUUACAGUUUUUUUAAGUGUCUUUGGUGAAUAAAUAUAGUUGAAAGUAAA